CAAACCAUAUAUAUAAAACUCAGUUGUUCAUAUCAUUCAUCAUCAACUUCUCUACUCAUUCUCUGAUCCUUAGCUUUUAUUUUGCUCAAAAACUCGUUACUUGAGGUGCAAGUAAUCGAAUAAGCCGAAGAUGAAGCAUAAGAGAGGGUUAUGGUCUCCUGAUGAGGACCAAAAGCUAAAAGAUUAUGUGAUGAACUAUGGUCAUGGUUGUUGGAGUGCUGUCCCUAUAAAUGCAGGUUUGGAACGUAACGGAAAAAGUUGCAGAUUAAGGUGGAUUAAUUAUCUUAGACCAGGGUUAAAGAAAGGAGCAUUUUCUAUGCAAGAAGAAGAAACUAUUCUAACCCUUCAUGGCCUUUUUGGCAACAAAUGGUCACUAAUAUCUCAACAUUUACCCGGGCGGACCGAUAAUGAGAUAAAGAAUCACUGGCAUUCUUAUCUAAAAAAACGAGUGGCGAAACCAGAAAAUCUUGGUAGUCAGAUUAAACAAGAAUGUACAAACUACACGAACAUGGGACAUACCGGAUCAUUAACAUCAUCAUCGCUAUCAUCAUCAUCAUCAUCAUGCAUGAGCUCGGUUACACCAAACCCAAGUUUCAAUUCUUCUGAUUUCGCAAAAGUCAACAAAUUACCAAAGAUUUUAUUUUCAGAUUGGCUUAGCCUAGAAGAAUUUAGUGGAUGUGAGAGUUUGGUUUGUAGGGAUGGGAUUAGCAAUGGGUCAACUUACCAAAAAGCCCAUGUGAAUGAUUUGGUAUCAUAUGAAGGAUCUAUAGAUAGCUGUGAGACAGUCAAUUGUCUAAGCAAUUAUUCAAGUGAAGAUAUGUUCCAUACACAAAUGAAAAUUGAUCAAAUUUUCAACUUUAACGGUGGAGAUUUCAACAUUGAAGACUUGUUGCAUAUGUAAGGAACAAGGAAGUGAGUAGCAUCUAAUUCUGUAAAUUGAUUGUCAUUAAUGUUAUAUUAUAAGUUUCUUUGUAUGUAAACAAAUUCAUGGAGUUCUUUCAUGGUUUCUCCCUAAUAACUACAGUUUUUGUCUUUC